AUGUCCUCGUUCGCAAUGCGAAAAUUCACAUCUGCCCCUUCGCUAAUCCCCCCGCGUUCCCAGCUGUCGAAGGCGUUAAGAAAUCAAACAAGAGCCUUCUCUGCAACGCGAUCCGCUGCUCGCAUCAUCACACACGCGCCGCUCCGAGCGAAAGAAGCCUCCCCGUUCGUCAGCAAUAAAUACCCCGUGGUGGACCAUGAGUACGAUGCGAUUGUUGUCGGUGCCGGCGGAGCUGGGCUGCGCGCAGCUUUCGGUCUCGCCGAGGCAGGCUUCAACACCGCAUGUAUAUCGAAGCUCUUCCCAACUCGAAGUCAUACCGUAGCCGCCCAAGGAGGAAUCAACGCUGCGCUGGGUAAUAUGCACGAGGACGACUGGAGAUGGCACAUGUACGAUACGGUCAAGGGCUCGGAUUGGCUCGGAGAUCAGGAUGCUAUUCAUUAUAUGACGAGAGAGGCACCACAAUCUGUUAUUGAGUUAGAGAACUACGGCUGUCCCUUCUCGAGAACGGAUGACGGAAAGAUUUAUCAACGUGCUUUCGGAGGCCAAUCGCAAAAGUUUGGAAAGGGAGGACAGGCAUACAGAUGCUGUGCCGCCGCUGACAGAACUGGACACGCCCUCCUACACACACUCUAUGGUCAAUCUCUUCGCCAUAACACCAACUAUUUCAUUGAGUACUUUGCCAUGGAUUUGAUUAUGGAGGAUGGCGAAUGCAAGGGUGUUAUCGCAUACAACCAAGAGGAUGGUACUCUGCACAGAUUCAGAGCACACAACACUGUUCUUGCUACUGGUGGUUACGGACGUGCCUACUUCAGUUGUACAUCCGCCCACACUUGCACAGGUGACGGUAUGGCUAUGGUUGCCCGUGCUGGUCUGCCUAACCAGGAUCUCGAAUUCGUCCAAUUCCACCCGACUGGUAUCUACGGAGCUGGCUGCUUGAUCACCGAGGGUGCUCGUGGAGAAGGUGGAUACCUCCUCAACUCGGAGGGAGAGCGAUUUAUGGAGAGAUACGCACCGACUGCCAAGGAUCUUGCAUCUCGUGAUGUCGUUUCCCGAUCGAUGACUAUGGAGAUCCGUGAAGGUCGUGGUGUUGGCCCGGAUAAGGACCACAUCUACCUGCAACUCAGCCAUUUGCCCGCCGAGGUCCUUCACGAGCGUCUCCCAGGUAUCUCUGAGACCGCAUCUAUCUUCUCCGGUGUCGACGUCCGCAAGCAACCUAUCCCAGUUCUCCCCACCGUGCACUACAACAUGGGUGGCAUCCCAACCAAGUACACUGGUGAAGUCCUCACAGUUGACGAGGCUGGUAAGGACAAGGUUGUACCAGGUCUGUUCGCUUGUGGUGAAGCUGCUUGCGUGUCUGUGCACGGGGCCAACCGCUUGGGAGCCAAUUCCCUCCUGGAUUUGAUCGUCUUCGGUCGUGCCGUAUCCCACACCGUCCGUGAUAACUUCGAGCCCGGCAUGCCACACAAGGAGAUCAGCGCCGAUGCAGGUGCCGAGUCCAUUAGCAUGCUCGAUAAAAUUAGAACCGCCGAUGGCCCACUGAGCACCCACGAGAUCCGCCUGAAGAUGCAGAAGACCAUGCAAACAGAUGUCAGCGUUUUCAGAACCCAAGAGUCUCUGGAUGAGGGGGUGAAGAAGAUCAACGAGGUUGACCAGCUGUUCAAGGACGUUGGAACCAAGGAUCGAAGCAUGAUCUGGAACUCGGAUUUGGUUGAGACUUUGGAGUUGAGAAACUUGUUGACUUGCGCCGUCCAAACCGCCGAGUCAGCGGCCGCCAGAAAGGAGUCCCGGGGAGCCCACGCCCGCGAGGAUUUCCCAGACCGCGACGACAAUAACUGGAUGAAGCACACGCUGAGUUACCAGAAGACGCCACAUGGCAAGACGGAUCUUAGCUACAGAGGUGUCGUCGCGCAUACGUUAGACGAGGCCGAGUGUGCGGCUGUGCCUCCUUUCAAGCGUGUCUACUAG